CCAACAUCACAUUACUCUCUUGUGUUAAGUACACACUUGAUACUUGACACACUUUGGUGCUUCUCUCUCACUCUCUUCUCUGAGCCUGAGCCAUUAAUUCUUAUAUAGAUACAAUAUAAACGUUACAUUAAUUUAUAUACGUAUAGACAUGGGAAGUACUAUGACAGAGCCGGCCGAUCAGAUAUUGGAAUAUGGGUUUUUAGAGACUGGUUUGGUGCCUCAGAGAAAAGAGGAAGCGCAAGAAUUAGACGAUGAUGGGAGACCCAAAAGAACCGGCACUAUGUGGACGGCAUGUGCGCACAUCAUAACGGCGGCCAUAGGGGCGGGAGUUCUGUCGCUGGCAUGGGCGAUGUCACAGCUGGGAUGGGUGUUGGGUAUAGGCAUUCUCCUACUUUUCUCAGCCAUUUCCCUCUAUACUGCCACCCUCUUGGCCGAUUGCUAUAGAACCCCUGACCCAGUCACUGGCAGAAGAAAUUACUCCUAUAUCGAAGCUGUCAAAGCCAGCUUAGGUGAAACAAUGUGCACGAUAUGUGGAUGGAUCCUGUAUGGAAAUCUUACCACGUUUGUGAUCGGCUAUACCAUAACCACUGCCAAAAGUCUAGUGGCUAUACAAAAAUCGAACUGCCAUCGCAAAAAGGGGUCAAAUAUGCCAUGCAAAUUCUCCAAUAACCCACACAUGAUUGGACUAGGGAUUGUCGAAAUAUUGUUAUCCCAAAUUCCAAACUUCAGCAAGUUGUCUUGGCUCUCUGCCUUGGCUGCCGCCAUGUCAUUUGCAUAUUCCUUGAUCGGAAUCGGACUCUCUAUUGAAAAGAUUAUAAAAGGAGCUGAGGGGAGAACAUCUAUUAAAGGGGUGGCCGCGGGAUUUGAGGUGGACAUGUCUGCAUCAGAUAAAGUUUGGAGAAUGUUUGCGGCUGCUGGUGAUAUUGCUUUUGCUUGCUCUUAUGCUCAAGUCUUUAUUGAUAUCCAAGACACAUUAAAGUCAUGGCCUUCUGAAAACAAAGUGAUGAAGAAAGCAAGCACUAUAGGAGUGUCAGUCAUGACAACAUUCUUCAUGAUGUGUGGUUGCUUUGGCUAUGCUGCGUUUGGAAACCACGCGCCGGAGAAUCUACUUGCAGGCUUCGGAUAUCAAGAGACUUCUUGGAUCGUCGAUUUGGCUAACCUCUUCAUCGUGGUGCACUUAGUUGGAGCAUAUCAGGUACUAAUCCAGCCAGUGUUUCGCAUAGUAGAAUUGUGGGCUAGAAAAAAGUGGCCUGAAUCAAGAUUCAUAACCUGCGAUUACCCAGUUGGUGGCCCUACCUUCAUGAAUAGUAAGAAUAUAACAUUAUUCAGUAUAAACCUGUUUAGGCUAACUUGGAGAACGGUCUUUGUUGUGAUGGUGACUGUGGUGGCCUUAGCGCUGCCUUUCUUCACUGAUAUGUUGGCACUUAUGGGUGCUAUCGGCUAUUGGCCAAUCGUGGUGUACUUCCCAGUGGAGAUGCACAUUUCCCUUAAUAAGAUUCACAGAAGAACCGUCAAGUGGUUUAGCCUCCAACUUAUCAGUUUAGUGUGCUUUCUUCUUUCUUUGGCUGCGGCUACUGGUGCUAUUCAAGGACUCUACAAGAAUCUCCAUACUUAUAAGCCAUUCAUGUCAAAAGACUGAUUUGGAUUAUAUCUGAAUGUUAGACUUGCUUAUUAGACAAAAAAUUAGGUUACUUCAUUAAUUUCUUGUUCAAGAUAGAUUUGUAUUCUAAAGAACUGCAGUUCUACUUUAGUUUUAUAAUCCCAAAUGUUGCUCCUAGUUGAACUUUAAUUACUACCUUUAACGUCAUCGAUCCAAUAAAAUUGUACUUGAUCGAA